AUGUCCCUCGUCCACCUCGCGAACGUCUGCUCACACCUGCAAAACGCGUCCAAAGCGCGGCUCGGGCUGACCUCCGUCCCCUCCACCAACAUGAUCCUCACGCUGACGCUCGCGCUCCAAUCGUCCGGCUUCCUCAGCUCCGUCACCCGCGGCGGGCUCCACCCGCCCCCGAUGGACGACCUGUCCUCGUACACGCCCGAGCCCGUCACGCAGGACAACAUCUCGACGCGGCGGCUCUGGCUGGGCAUGAAGUACUGGAACAACGAGCCCGUGCUGAGCAAGAUGCAGAUGGUGAGCAAGCCGACGAAGCGGGUGUGGAUGGAUGUCGAGGGCUUGGGCAGGAUCAUCCGCGGGAGGGAGGCCGGUAUUGUGAAGGGCUUGACGCGGCCGGGAGAGUGUAUGUUUGUGAGUACCGACAAGGGGGUGUUGGAGGCGAGGGAGUGUGUGGAGAGGAGGGUUGGAGGGAUGUUGCUGUGCAGAGUUCUGUAG